AUGGAGAAGGAGACCCGUAUUCAGGCGAUUCCCCUGGACAGCACGUCGAAUGUGGACGCCGGAUCUGACCAGCUGAUGGUUGAGAGAGGCAUCAACAAGCCAACGCGAAGCCGUAACUUGCAGUUAAGCUUGAAAAAGCUCAUUCAGGAUGCUCACUGGGCCUUCAAAACCACUUCUGACGGUGUCCAAGACUGGACACCGUUCUUUCUGGUGCUGUCGUACUUUGUCUUCUCGACGACAGUCUACAUGAACGCGACCUCCACCAUCAUUGCAGCGUUCUGGUUCGUCUAUUUGAUGACCAACACCUACAUCGCUACCGCUACGGUCGUGGAAGCGGUGACCAGCAUGGGAGCUUUCACUGACUCCCGAAAGGCGCUGGCCAAGGUGGCCAAAAACAACUGGAAGUUCCCGACCCCUGACAGCGAUCUGCUAAAGCUGGACAUUAUCAUCGUGGCAUACCUGCCCAACGAGCAGGACAUUGUCAUGGACCGUGUCAACUACCUUUUGCAGGAGAUUGUCUAUCCGCGAGACAAGCUCCGAAUCAACUUGAUUUACAAUACCCCAUACGAAAUCCAACCGCUCGAGGACGAACUACGGCAGUUGGCCCUACAACACCCAGAUAAUCUGCGGAUAAUCAAGGUGCCCAACUCUACCUCCAAGGCAGACAACAUCAACUACUACUGCGCCAUGGACGGGAUUGACGCGGAUGUCUCGGCAAUCUUUGACUGCGACCACUACCCACACCCUUACGCUCCUCGCUGGGCAAUGGAGCGGUUCGUCAAAGACAAAAAAGUCGAUAUUGUUCAGGGGCGAUGCGUUGUCCUCAAUGCAAACGAUAACCUAAUGACUUCGAUGAUCGGAGUCGAGUUCGAUAAAAUCUACGCCGUCUCUCACCCAGGACGCGCGGCCAUGUUCAAAUUUGGCCUGUUCUGUGGAUCGAAUGGCUACUGGCGGACCUCGCUGCUGCGCGAGCUGAAGAUGGACGACUCCAUGCUCACAGAAGACAUUGAUUCGGCACUACGAGCUUUUGGGAGUGGAGCUUAUGCCGUGCAUGAUCUUAAUGUCACUUCUUUCGAACUGGCACCUCUGUCGAUGUCUGCCUUUUGGAAACAACGACUGCGCUGGUCGCAGGGAUGGGUCCAAGCCAGUGGACGCCAUAUGCACCUCAUCUGGAGUCGAUCGCCCGACCCGAACAAGACGCGCACUGCCAGACAGCGAUUCGGCAUUCUUUCGCUACUGCUGAUACGCGAACUAAGUUACUACCUCAUCACUCAAUAUCUCUGUCUCGUGCUGAGCAUUGUCAUUGUCCGGUUCCCGAAGAGCGGGCACGAUCUAUACACCCUAGUGUUCUUUCAAUAUCCGGUUGCAUGGUGGCUGUUCAUGUUCAGUAUAUUCUCAUUUGCCGGCACGCUAUACGUGACGUUCCACUUCCGCUCGGAAUUCACCCGAUGGUAUACGAUCCCCAUCUUCGCAGUGACCUACCCAGUCCAGCUGGUGCUCACAGCUGUACUCGGUCUGUUCGGACAUGCCCGCCAAGUGAGCAAGUAUGUCAAGUGGAACCCAACGCCAAGAGGUUGA